GCUUAAAAUACACUUGACCAAAUAUUCAAGUUGUUGAAUCUGCAGAGAAACGAAGAAAAUAAUUAACUAUGGGUGAAAAGAAGCCUUAUUUAGCAGUGAUAUUAGUGCAAGCAAUCUAUGCUGGUAUGUUUUUAGUUUCAAAAGCUGCCUUCAAUGGCGGAAUGAACAAUUUUGUGUUCGUCUUCUAUAGACAGGCUGCUGCAACUCUUUUCUUGGUUCCUUUGGCUCUCUUCUUAGAAUGGAAAAAUCGACCGCCUCUAUCAUUCAUGAUCUUCUGCAAGAUUUUUCUGCUAUCUUUAUGUGGGAUUACUUUGAGUUUGGAUAUCUAUGGAAUCGCACUUGUUUACACUUCUGCAACUUUGGCUGCUGCAACUUCAAACUGCCUUCCUGUCAUUACUUUCUUCUUGGCCCUUUUGCUCAGGAUGGAGGUGUUGAAGUUGAAGACAUCCUCAGGAAUAGCAAAGCUUAUAGGCAUAGCAGCAUGCAUAGGUGGAGCAGCAACCCUUGCAUUUUUCAAAGGUCCCCAUUUCAAAGUCUUGUGCCACCAUCAAAUUUUUGGAUCCUAUCACAGCCAAGAGGUUGCCCAACAUGUUUCUUCAGGCAAAACAUGGAUAAAAGGUUGCUUCCUCAUGCUCAUGUCCAACACCUUGUGGGGCUUGUGGCUUGUAUUGCAGGGUGGAGUUUUGAAGAGCUAUCCAUCAAAGCUUCUCUUCACUGCAUUUCUGUGCUUUCUAAGCUCUAUCCAAUCAUUUGUUAUUGCCAUUGCUUUUGUAAGAGAUCCUCAAGAAUGGAUGCUUGGUUGGAACGUCAGUCUUUUGGCUGUAAUUUAUUGUGGAAUUAUGGUCACGGGCGUUACCUUCUAUGUUCAAGCAUGGGUUAUAGAGAAGAAAGGGCCAGUCUUCUUGGCCAUGUCUACACCAUUAAAUUUGAUCUUCACAAUUUUCUGUUCUGCAAUUCUCCUCUGCGAAAUCAUCAGUUUGGGAAGCCUUAUGGGUGGGGCUUUGUUGGUUGGAGGCCUCUACAGUGUAUUAUGGGGGAAAAGCAAAGAAGAGAAAAUGAAUGAAAAAACUUGCAUAAGAGGGGAAGCUGAGAAAGAAUGCUCAGAGAUGAAACAAGUGAUUCCAGUGGCCAAUAAGGGAGAAUCGCCUGUGUAGUAUUACUGCUUUCAAUGGAUUGAUAUGGUUUUGCAAGUGGCAUCUUUUCAUGGCUGUCUAGUUCACCCCUCAUUUUUCAAUGGAGAUUAGAAGGAAGGAGAAAGAUAAUAGAAAUUAAGGCAGGCAAGGUUACGGUUGCCCACAAAAAAUUUGUUUGGGAAUUUAAAUUAUCAGAAUGUUGUACACCUCAAUUUUUAUUAUUUAUUUAUAAAUUAGUAAUAAUUAUUCCA